UGCGUUGAAAAUGACGCGGACUCUCCUCCCGCGCCUAAAGUCGGCCGCAAGACGAAGUCUACGUCUCCUGCGGAGUCUUCCAGUGAGAAAAGCACGGAGCAGCACUGUCACUGGCUCAUGAAAUCGGAGCCCGAGAGCCGCUUUGAGAAUGGCACGGACGUCAAAUUUGGGAUUGAGGAUCUGAAGGCUUUGCCAAAUCAGACCGGCUGCUGGGACGGCGUCCGCAAUUAUCAGGCACGCAACUUCAUGCGUCAGAUGAAAGAGGGGCAGUCGGCUUUCUUUUAUCACAGCAACUGCAAAGAACCUGGAAUUGCAGGACUGAUGGAAGUAGUGAAGGAAGCUUACGUGGACCACACCCAGUUUGACAAGAAAGAUGUUCAUUUUGACGCCAGCAGCAAGCCGGACAACCCAAAGUGGAGCAUGGUUGAUGUGCAGUACCAAAGAAUGACGAAGCGUUUCCUUCCUCUGGCCGAGCUCAAAAAGUACCACCUGCAGCAUCGUGCCAAAGGGGGUCCUCUGAAGGACAUGGCACUUUUCACCAGGGCCAGACUCUCUGUCCAGCCUCUCACCACAGAGGAGUUUGACUUUGUUCUGAGUUUGGAGGACCAAGAACCGCUUUGACAGUUUUUGGACCACGCUUUGCUUCAUGAUGAGGUGAAAUGACUCUUGCUAAUGUGAACGUAGUAAUGGUGAGGUGCUUGUCUUGGUCUUAUGAUCACUAUUUCAAUACCAAUUGUAAUUAAACCACUUAGGCCUGUUUAACCUCUAAAGGCCUUAGUGGCCACAUGUGUGGACAGCACCUUUUAGCUUUUAUUUACAAAAUUGUGUACACUACUGAAUUGGGGUCUUAUGGCCACUUAUGUGGACACUUAUACUGCCAUCUGGUGGUGUCAGAAGAGUAUAACAUACAAUGGAAUUUGGAAAAAAAAAGUGUAAAAAUAAAAAAUAGCAUGUCACUACACAUGAAGUACACGUUUGUUACUUAUGGACUAAGUACAUCAUAUAAAAAGAUGAUUUUUAGUUUUUAUUCUAAUUAGGGUCCAAUGAGCCCAAAUAGCAAAGAGAAAUAAAAAAAAGCAUGUAAACAAACA